AUGAGUACACCAAUUUAUGAAAACUUCAGAUUUUCAGCAGACAGCAGGCCAGCUGAUCUGAGCACGGAGUCAUAUGAAGAGAUCUACAUGAAUGAAGAUGCAAAAGAAAUGCAAGUGACCAGGAGCAAUAAAGGAACUGCAACUUCAGAACCAAACACCUCAGGACUCAGAUGUUACAGACUGGCUGUUGUGUGUCUGCUGAUGCUGGCUGUUCUCUUGCUGGCUGCCAUUGCAAUACUGUGGGUCAAGCUGACUACAGAGCGAGACCAGAUACAGACCAGUUAUAACAACAUUACUACACAGAGAGACCAAUUAGAGACCAGUUACAACAACCUGACUGCUGAGAAGGAACAGUUAAAAACCAGUAACAAAAAACUGGCUGAAGAGAGAGACCAGUUUCAGAGGGAGACAGAUAAACUGCAGAAAAGGCUUUCUCAACUGAAGAAAGACAUUAACACACCAGGAUGGAAGUACUUCAGUUCCAGUAUUUACUACAUCUCUACUGAGAAGAAGAGCUGGAGUGAGAGCAGACACGACUGCCAGGGAAGAGGAGCAGACCUGGUGAUCAUAAACAGCAGAGAGGAACAGGAGCCAACUAAUAACCUGUCUCUGCAGGACAAGUUGGCACCAAUUAGGGAGGCCAUUGACAACUUGCUAAAUAAGUAUCAUGGGAAGAAGGAGUUGCUGAAACUUGUGGAUCAGGAGUAUGCAGCAAUGGUCCUUUACUGA